AAAACAACCUGGGCUGGCAGUGAGCCUCAAUCCUCACAUCUCAGCUUCCUCCUGAAUAGCUAGGAUGAGAGGAGUGAGCCACCAACCCCUGGCUACUCUGCAAGCACUUGAUCCUAUUUCACCCAGCAGGAAGCUGAGGCCUGGGUUCCUUGAUCCUGAGCCUGUUGAGCAUCCACGAGCACGGGACUCUGAGCCCUGGAGCACAGGGAACAUCACUGGAAUUGGAUCCAUUUCCUAAUUGGGCAGGUGGCUGGAUUUCUCCAGGCCUCAAUUUCUUGGUCUGCUUGCCUUCUAGGGUUGUGACCCCCGGCCUGGCCCCCCCAGCCCUCUGCUCUCCUGAUGCGACCAUGGGCUCUAGCAGUGACUAGGUGGCCACCCUCUGCCCCUGCGGCCCAGCGACGAUUCUCCGCAGGGCCGAGCAGCACUCCAGGCCAGCUUUGGGGAAGCCUCGGCCGCCAGGGCCCCCUGGCCAGCCCGCCUGCCCAGGAUGAGAGCUUACCCUCCCAGCAGCCACUGCCCAGACUACCACACCUCCCUGUAGAGGAGCGCCGGGCCUCGGCUCCUGCCGGCGGGAGCCCCCGAAUGCUGCACCAAGCUGCCCAGCAGAGCCCAUUCAUGGUUGAUCUCCACGAGCAGGUGCACCAGGGACCUGUCCCUCUGUCCUACACCGUCACCACCGUGACCACCCAAGGCUUCCCCUUGCCUGCAGGCCAACACAUCCCUGGCUGCAGCGCUCAGCAGCUCCCAGCAUGCUCCGUGAUGUUCAGUGGGCAGCAUUACCCGCUCUGCUGCCUCCCACCCCCGCAGCUGAUCCAGGCAUGCACUAUGCAACAGCUCCCUGUGUCCUACCAGGCCUACCCCCACCUCAUCUCCAGUGACCACUACAUUCUGCAUCCCCCACCACCCGCCCCACCGCCCCAGCCUGCCCACAUGGCGCCUCUUGGGCAGUUUGUAUCACUGCAGACCCAACACCCACGGAUGCCCCUGCAGCGGCUGGACAAUGACAUGGACCUACGUGGGGACCAGCACCCCUUGGGCAGCUUUACUUACCCCACGUCCGCCCCCGGUCCAGCCUUGUCCCCUUCAGUACCCCUGAACUACCUGCCCCACGAUCCGCUGCACCAGGAGUUGUCCUUUGGGGUGCCCUAUUCUCACAUGAUGCCACGGAGAUUGAGCACCCAGAGGUAUCGCCUGCAACAGCCACUGCCCCCACCGCCGCCGCCGCCACCACCCCCUCCACCAUCUUACUACCCCAGCUUCCUGCCCUACUUCCUCUCGAUGCUGCCCAUGUCACCCACAGCUAUGGGACCCACCAUCAGUCUGGAUCUGGACGUGGAUGAUAUGGAGAUGGAGAACUAUGAGGCCCUCCUGAACCUGGCCGAGCGGCUGGGAGAUGCCAAGCCCCGGGGCCUCACCAAAGCCGAUAUAGAACAGCUCCCAUCAUACCGCUUCCACCCUGACAGUCACCAAUCGGAGCAGACGCUGUGUGUGGUCUGCUUCAGCGACUUCGAGGUGCGGCAGCUGCUCCGAGUCCUCCCCUGCAACCACGAGUUUCACGCCAAGUGUGUGGACAAAUGGUUGAAGGCCAACCGGACGUGUCCCAUCUGCCGGGCUGAUGCCUCUGAGGUGCCCCGGGAGGCUGAGUGAGGCUCCACAGCUGCCCACGAGAACCCUGCCUGAAGCUCUGGAGACUCGGGGAGACCCAGGGAGGAUGGGGAGGGAGGGGCCCAGGCCUGCCUCGUCCUUCCACCAUCAACUCCAGAGCUGGUGCCAGGGUCAGCCCUGCGAGAAACCCCUGCAAUAAGCCCCUGCAUUUGCCAAGCUCCAAAGACUCCUUCCCCCUCUGCCUGCCUGUCUGCCCGCCAUGGAGCUGCCUGGGUGUUGCCCCCCCACCCCAGUCUCCCUCCUGACUUACCCUGGGGCCCUCCUUCCUGCUGGCACUGGGAACCGCAAAUCUUCCCCCAGUGUGGCUGGUGGGAUCCUUGGCCCCCCAGCAUGGGCAAAGGGGUCACCAUCCUGGGUCACCUGAGCUCUGCACUGAAAUGCUGUGCCCACUGCCCAGGUGGCACUGCCAGGGUGUGUGGGACAGAUGAUGGCUAGAAGCCAUUUCCUGAACCCCAGGGCCGAGUCCCUCCUGCCUGACCCAAGAAAGACUCAGGAGGCAGCUUGGCUCUGGUUGUCUGGUUCCUCCAGGACCUGCACCCAAGGCAGAGCCCGUGCCAGCCCCACCCCAGGCUGGAGGGCGUCCCAGCCACGCCCUCUGGAGCAAUCUGGAGACAGGGCCUGUGUUCCUGUGUUCCUGGUGGCGGCUCCUCCACGGUGCCACACAGGGUCAGACCUGGCCUAAUGUCCCCUCUUGUGGUUUCUGCAUGAAUGUGAGGAGUAGCCGUUUCUCCUAUUCAUUUCUCUUAUUCAUUUGGCCCGAUACUUGCGUGUAGAGUUUGGAGGUGUGGAUAUUUACAAUUUUUUUUUCUUUUUCUUUUUCUUUUAGUGGGAUACAGGGACCAACCAGGACCGGAGUGCCCCAGAGUAGAGGGGGGGGCAGACCAGUGGGGUGGUGCUGCCUGGCCUGCAUGUAUGUGUGCAGGCAGGGGCUGCGCUGGCCGAGCUGGCACUGGGAGGGGGGAGGUCUGGGGGGGGGGGCUGUGCUCAGCUGAUAACUGCCACGCACUGUACUGCACACGUCCCUAGAGCCUAUUGGGACCCUACGCUUUUCAGGGCAUUUCUCCCCUCUCCAGCCAGGCCCAUCUUCCACCUGCCUGGGUGAGUCUCCCCCACUUCUUCCCCACUCCCCAUAACCCAAGGAAUCCCAGGAGACAGGGACCAGGGAAAGCCUGGGCUUCCAUCCACUUCUAGGGGAUCCCUUCCAGCCUGCUCUCUGCUGUCCUCUGGAGGAGGCCCUUGUAGGGUCUGGCUGAACUUCCCACCCCCCACUUUCCCUCCCUGUCUCCCCCCACCGCCCUCCCCACCCCCCACAGCUGGGGUUGCUGCCCUGGAUGAACGAACCGCGUGUGGGGCUGGCACAUCCUAGCAGGCAGCCCUUGGCUCCUGCUGCCUCAGGGAUGCUCCAAGCACCCUCGUUCUGCCUGCAGCACCCCUGUCUCCCUCCCUUCCCCCCCCCAGCACCCCUGCCUGCCACAGGGCCCAGCAGUCUGGGCCCACCCCACGGAGAACCCAAAGUCUUACUGUAUAUAACUCCAGGUGACGUUUCUAUAUUUAUAGCAGUGUUGAAAACCCACGUGUUUUACAGAGAACCAUCCUCUCUGAUACCCCCCUUUCCCCUCUCCACCCCAACAACAACAACAAAAGGUUUUCAAAUCCUUAAUGCUUCCGGGGCAAGGGGGUUUGGAGGGGGGCGGGCAGGUGGAAAUGGCUCAUGGACUGUAUCCGCUGCAGACAUGGGAUUUCAACUAGCAGCUACUGGGGAGGGGUGGGGAAACACAGCAUUUAACAACAACAAAAUCAUUAAAAAAACAACAAAAAAAUGAUUUAUGAAGCAAUUAUUUAGGAUGUUUGUGAUUUGCGACCUUGCUCUAUAGAUGCCAUGUGACCAAUGAUUUCCUGUGGUGGGGGCUUGUCAUUGUUUACGAUUUCCCAACCUCUGGCCGAGGCAUGACAGUGGGCCUCCCCAGCACUGGCUGGGCCAGCGCCUGUGUUCCGUGUUAGAAAGGUUUUCUAUAUAUAUAAUUACAUAUAUAUGAAUAUAUGUAAUUCGGGGGGCCCUGUUCCUUGCACAUUUUACAGUUACCUCAUUUUUCCCCAUGUAUGUAUUUGAGAAAAAUGCUAAUAUAUAGAGAAAAAAAUGGUUCUUAAAGCUUAAAUGUGUGGUUUUUCCUCCAUUCCAGUGGAUUCACAUUGGUUUGUAGCAUUUAACUAACUAGUAUGUUGUAUUAUAUAUAUGUGUAUACUGAUUGAAAUUUUUAACAGAUUUGUACUUUUUUUAAAAUGAAAGUUGCUAGUUCUGCUUGACCAAGUAGUGCAAUCAUUAUUUUUUUUAAUAUUGUUGCUGAUUUCAGAGGGAAUAUUCACUAAUAAAUGUAUGAUGUAUACCAA